AUGGCGUCGAACUCGCUCAUGAGCUGCGGCAUCGCCGCCGUGUACCCUUCGCUUCUGUCUUCUUCAAAGUCUAAAUUCGUCUCCGCCGGAGUUCCGCUACCCAACGCCGGUAAUGUCGGCCGUAUCAAAAUGGCCGCUCACUGGAUGCCCGGCGAGCCACGACCGGCUUACCUCGACGGUUCUGCUCCUGGUGACUUUGGGUUUGACCCACUUGGACUUGGAGAGGUUCCAGCGAACCUUGAGAGAUACAAAGAAUCAGAGCUCAUCCACUGUAGAUGGGCUAUGCUCGCUGUUCCAGGGAUUUUGGUACCAGAGGCUUUGGGAUAUGGAAACUGGGUCAAGGCUCAAGAAUGGGCAGCAUUACCUGGAGGACAAGCCACUUACUUGGGAAACCCUGUCCCGUGGGGUACUUUGCCCACAAUCUUGGCCAUAGAGUUCUUAGCUGUUGCCUUCGUUGAGCACCAGAGAAGCAUGGAGAAAGACCCCGAGAAGAAGAAGUACCCGGGAGGUGCAUUCGACCCGCUUGGAUACUCCAAAGACCCGAAGAAGUUCGAGGAGUUGAAAGUUAAGGAGAUCAAGAACGGGAGGCUUGCGUUGUUGGCGUUUGUAGGCUUCUGUGUGCAACAAUCGGCUUACCCAGGCACGGGACCAUUGGAGAACUUGGCUACUCACUUGGCUGAUCCAUGGCACAAAAACAUUGGCGAUAUUGUUAUCCCUUUCAACUAG